AUGUUCGAGCACGUUGCCGGUGGAUACGGUCACAAGUUGGUUAAGCUUGGAACCAUACAAAUUCAGGUGGAGCGGACGGUCCUCAUGAGUUACGAGACUAACAUCCUCACGCAGCUAAUGGAGCAUGGUCCGUACAUGUACGACUGGAGGCCGUUCGAACUCGUCUCGCUCCUUUCUCAAGCCGCUGACAUUUUCGAAGGAGAAGCCACCAUGCUGACAUUAAGAACUCCUAUUGCAAUUAUUGGAGACAUAAGAGGACAAUACCAAGAUCUGCAUCGAUGGCUCUACAUUACUGGUUUUCCUCCUCGACAAAAAAUACUGUUUCUUGGCGGUGUGAUCGAUUCUGAGGAGCCAGGAUCACUUGACUGUCUUGCGUUCAUUGCUGCUAUGAAG